GGCCACUAAGCUACAGCGUAAUCGAAAGUGCUUCUCAGUGUGGUGGUUCAGUGGCGUGAAACAUCAUGCUGUUUGCCAGUGUCUGCAGCGUCGCGGCUCUCCUCACCGUCGCAGGCCAAGCCUCAGAUGCGGAAAGGAAGAGGCAGUUUGCAGACUUGGAACUUAAUGUGACAGACUACCUGUCGGGUUUACUAGAACACGAUCUGCGCAUGCGCGUGGGAGCCGCAAUACUUGCGGAGAAAUAUGCGAAGAACCCAUACGCAGGGUUGUGUCCGGAUGUCAAAACGAUCUGCCCUCCCAGCAAAUACCGCAAUCUGGAUGGGUCCUGCAACAACGUGAGGCACCCCGAAUGGGGCACCAGGGGGAGUCCGUUCAGGCGUCUGCUGCAAGCGAGCUACAGUGACGGAGUGACUACCCAGAAAGAGUCGCAACAACUACCCUCUCCAGCCAAAGUAACCAAAGAGCUUCACAGCUUGAAGGCACAGCCCCAUGAACAUGUGACUAACUUCCUUGGAGUGUGGGGACAUAUGGUGCUGAAGGACUUGGCUUCUACUCUGAACUCAGAUUCUGUGGACUGCUGUAACUACCAGCACCAUGAAUGCAACUCUCUCAGAAAUGCAGAUAGCUGCCACAGCCACAUUCGUUCUUGGAAAUGUCAGUUUUGGUCUUCUAGCUUGUGA